UUGUUUUUUCUCUGAAAUAAUGCCACCAGUUCUACAAGAUUUUCUCUCCAUGAUAUUCACUAUUUUCUGUCAUAAGGAGGAACUGUUUUCGCUGCCUCGAUUGUGUGUGUUCCACACAGGUUUCAGGUGUCAACAUGUUUUCGAUCAAGCUGGAAUGCAUACACUACCAGUAUCAUAUAAGCAGAAAGCAAUGAGUAGGAGGAACAACCGCUACAACAAUAUUUGAACUUUGUUGUUUCUCUCCACACUCUUCAAAGGAUAAAGCCUGGGAGUUAACAGCAGAUCAGGAAAGGUCUCAAAUAGGUUUACAUUUGUACAUUUUUCAAGUGGACUUACCGUCGUGGGCUUUAAAAGAGAUCAGCAGUAAGGUUGUGUAAAUGUCACAGUGGUCAAAGCCUCACUCAGAUUCUUCUCAGGCUUUCCUGAUGGCAUCCAAUAUCACCACCACCAUCUCCCAGCAGUCCUCCUAUUCGUCUGUUCCUCUGUCCAUCAACGCCAUGGUCGGCAUCGCCAUCUUGACCCUGGCCUUUUUGCUGGGCUUCCCUGGGAACCUGUUUGUUAUUUGGACAGUGUUGUGCCGGAUGAAGAUGCGCUCAGUGACCUGUUUGCUGCUGCUAAAUCUGAGCAUGGCGGAUGCUUUCGUGCUGCUCAGCGCCCCUUUUUUCCUGCGCUACCUGGCUGGAGGACGAGGCUGGGAGUUUGGCUUGGCAGCAUGCAAGCUGGUGCAUUACCUAUCGAGUGUGAACAUGUACGUGUCCAUCUACCUCAUCUGCCUGAUGAGCAUGGACCGCUGGCUGGCCGUGUCCAGGCCGUUUCUGUUCCAGACAAUGAGAACCAAGCGCUCCCUCCUGAUUCUUCUGCUUGUUGUCUGGGUGUUAGCGUUGCUCCUGUCAGUCCCGAUGCCUUUCUACCGCAGACUGGAGAUGAGGAGUACUUUCCCAAACAAUAUCACUUUGUGCUCCUGCGUGCCAUACCACUGGAAGAGCAAGGGUCAUCGGGUCUUCCAGUACCUGUUUGAAACCAUCAUGGCCUUCCUGCUGCCUUUCUCCCUCAUCAACACCUGUAACUCCUCCGUCAUCUGUCGUCUGCAGAGUGCCAAGUUCCAGCGCCGAGCACAAGGCAGCCACCUCAUCCUGAUGGUCAUCUGUACCUUUGCAGUAUUCUGGCUGCCGUAUCACAUCGUCAACAUCAUAGAGGUGGUGGGCCUUUUGCAGGACAGUAAAUCCGCUGUUACAGUUGCCCUUGCAGCCCGUCCAAAUAUCACGGCAUUCGCUUACUUCAGCAGUGCGGUCAAUCCCAUUUUGUACGUGUUUGCCGGCAGCUCCCACAUCCGCCAGGCCGGCUUCAGCUUCAUGGGCAAGCUCUUCGAGGCCACCAGCUCGGAGAACAUGACCACGUAUACCUUCACCCGGAGCGGACACAUUAACCGCAGAUCUACAGCUCUAUAUCGGACGAGCGCUCCGCUCUGAACACCCUGUCGAUGAAACUGGGGAAGCUGUUCAAAAGCAAGGAAAAGGACAGGAGUGGCAGCGUGGCGGGAAAAUAGGCGGACGAGCCUGAACUCAGGACUCUGGCCAGCCAACUAAACUGAUACACUGUGUUGACUCACACAUUGAAUUAUAGGAUGUAUUUCCUUGACAUUUGGUACAAAAAGUAUUUAUGCCUAUAGAUGAAUCCUAAUGGUCUGGCCAACAUGUUUGUUUUUUUUAAAUCAAAUAAAAUAUAUCUGUGAACAUU